AUGGCUGCAUGGCUGUCCCGGAGUAUGAUGCUAAGGAAUGGAAGCUGGCUGCUGCGAGGCCCAAACCUCGUUGCCCGGGUCUGUUUCAGGGGGUUGGGAGGCCCUUCUUCUGCCCCCGAGGCCCUGUCUGCCUUCCAGGACAAGCCUCGGACCGUGGAGGACCUCCCACAAGUCAGCUUCUUUGAGCUACUUUACAGGAUGGUGUUUCAGGGUUUCCACAACCGGUUGCAUGAGCUACAGAUCUAUGAGAAGCAGCGAUAUGGGCCCAUAUACAGAGACGGACUCGGAUCAGUUGCCGUGAACACUCCAAAGCUGCUGGAGGACGUCUUGAGGAACGACGAGAAGUUCCCUACCCGAGGAGACAUGACAGUGUGGAAAGAGUAUCGGGAUAUGAGAGGAUUCGGCUAUGGGCCUUUCACAGAGGAGGGGGAGAAGUGGUACAACCUGAGGGUGAUGCUGAAUAAGCGCAUGCUGCAUCCAAAAGACUCUGCACAGUAUGAUGCUGUUAUCAAUGACGUGGUUACGGACUUCAUUAAAAGGAUCAACUUCCUGCGUCAGAGCAGCCCGACGGGAGAUUUGGUGACAAAUGUGGCCAAUGAGCUCUAUUACGUCUCACUAGAGGGUAUUGCCUCCAUACUGUUUGAGACAAGGCUUGGGUGUCUGGAGAAGGAAAUCCCUGCAGGUACACAAGACUUCAUUAACGCCAUAGCCCAGAUGUUCUCCAACAACAUGGCUGCGUUUUUGAUACCCAAGUGGAGCCGCAGUCUGCUACCUUACUGGGGGCGCUACAUUGCAGGCUGGGAGGGUAUCUUCAGCUUUGCUAAAGAGUUGAUUGACAAGAAGAUGGAGGUCAUUCAGCAGCGUGUGGACAACAACCAUGAUGUGGAGGGCGAAUACCUAACAUACCUCCUCUCAAACACUCAGAUGAGCACUAAAGAUGUGUAUGGCAGCAUCGCUGAGCUUCUAUUAGCUGGAAUGGACACGACCUCCAACACCCUCACGUGGACUUUUCACCUGCUGUCCAAGUACCCUCAAACCCAGGACAGACUUUACGAAGAAGUGUCCACACUGGUGCCAGCGGACCGGAGCCCCUCCGCUGCUGAGGUCACCCGGAUGCAGUAUUUAAGGGCUGUUGUCAAGGAGGCCCUGAGGAUGUACCCUGUUGUUCCUAUGAAUGCAAGGAUCAUUGCAGAAAAGAAUGUUGCCAUUGGUGGAUAUCAAUUCUCAAAGAAAACCGCUUUCACGCUUUGUCACUAUGCCAUCAGUCAUGAUGAGGACACAUUCCCAGAGCCGUUUACAUUUAAACCAGAGAGAUGGCUCCGUGAUGGCCGUGAGAGGCCAAAACCCUUUUCCUCCAUCCCUUUUGGAUAUGGAGUGAGAGGCUGUGUCGGUCGCCGGAUUGCUGAGCUUGAGAUGUAUCUGGUUCUGUUUCGGGUAAUCAGGCAGUUUGAGAUCAAACCAGACCCCAACAUGGGAGAGUUGAAAUGCAUCAACCGCACUGUUCUGGUACCAGACCAACCAAUAAGCCUACACUUUGUGGACCGAGGAUGUGGACACACAGCAUGA